AUGAGAUUGUUCGCGCCGUAUUCCCGCGACGCGCUGCGCCGGGCUGCGAGAACUUUCCACUACAGCGUGACCGUCGGUCGCAUCAGGACUCACGGCCUCCUGGUCCACCGAAGGCCUACGCUGUCCCGCCAGUCAAAGCACAGCUUCUUCACGGCAAGGGAGAAGGUCCCGCCCAAGAAGACGUCGAUCCCGGUCGCAAUCCUGACCGGCGGUCUGGUCAUCUGGGCGCUCUAUCCGUCCGAUGAGUUUGAGCGGCUCUCCCUGGCCGAGGACGACAGAAGGAAGGGAGUUCGCAGCAAUCCGGGAAGCACCAAGUCUGACGAGACUGCAUGGUACAACUUUGCCCUCAAGUUUGAGACUUUGUCCGACUCUGCCGACGUCGAAUGGACUGCAGACAAGAUUGUUGGCUUCAUCCUACCAGAAUGGUCCAGGUUGGUCCCCGGAUACAUCCGAAAGCUCCAGAGAGAACUAUCCAUGGCACCCGGAUCUCUAGCUGAUGAGAUUUGGCGAGAAGCCCAUGACCCCUUCAUCAACCCCGAGGUGCAAUAUGCCGCCAAGGUCAGGGUCUCCAACGACCUAUGUGAUGAGGAAAAAGAGUUCUUGGCAAGGCGGAAACGAGUCACCACCAUGGCGUUAGCAAAGUACCUCGACAUCGACGAGAGGGAUGUCCACCCGGACGACGUCCCGACAAUCGCAAUGUGCGGUUCCGGAGGUGGUCUAAGGGCCCUGGUUGCCGGCACCGGCUCCAUGCUCGCUGCUGACGAAGAUGGCCUGUUCGACUGUGUCACAUAUACCUCUGGUGUGAGCGGCUCGUGUUGGCUACAGGCCCUCUACCACUCGUCCAUAUCCGAGGGCAGUCUCCCCCGGGUCCUGCAACAUCUCAAGGCCCGCGCUGGCAUCCACAUCGCCUAUCCUCCCGUGGCGUUCCAGACCCUGCUUUCUGCGCCCACGAGCAAGUACCUGCUCAGCGGCCUUGUCGAGAAGCUCAAGGGUGACCCCGGCGCGGACUUUGGACUGGUCGACGUCUACGGCCUCCUGUUGGCGGCGAGAUUAUUGGUCCCCAAGGGCGAGCUCGAAGUGAGCGAUCGGGAUUUCAAGCUCUCCAACCAGCGGGAGUACAUCAAAUACGGCCAGAACCCGCUACCCAUUUACACGGCCGUCCGCCACGAGAUCCCCGAUGUCAAUCUUGACGGAAGCGGAAAAGUGCCGUCUACCUCUGACGCAGCGAAAGAGGUUGCCAAAAAGGAAGCUUGGUUCCAGUGGUUCGAAAUCACGCCGUACGAGUUCUUCUGCGAGGAGUUUUCCGCCGGGAUCCCGACCUGGGCCAUGGGCCGGCGGUUCAAGAACGGCGUCGACGUGCCUCCAGAGGAAGGCUUCCAUCUCCCGGAGACUCGCAUGCCCUUUCUCCUCGGCGUCUUUGGCAGCGCUUUCUGCGCAACCCUGAGCCACUAUUAUAACGAGAUACGGCCUCUCGUGCAGAGCCUUGCUGGCUUUGGCGCUCUAGACGGCAUGAUCUCCGGUUACAAUGAGGACCUCAGCAAGGUCCACCCCAUCGACCCCGGCACUGUCGCGAAUUUCGCCUACGGCAUGGAGAAUAAGCUCCCAGAAACAGCCCCAAAAAGCACCUAUACGAACCAGUACCUGCAGCUCAUGGACGCCGGCAUGUCCAACAACCUCCCCAUCUACCCGCUUCUCCGCCCUGGCCGCGACGUCGACGUUGUCGUCGCCUUCGACGCCUCCGCAGACAUCAAGACCGACAACUGGCUUGCCGUUGCCGACGGCUACGCCCGCCAACGCGGCAUCAAGGGCUGGCCCGUCGGCGUCGGCUGGCCCAAAGCCAGUGAAUCCCCCAAGGAAGUGCGCGACGAGCUCGUAGAAGCCCAGGCCGCGUCUGCAAAGGAAGCGGACCAGAAGCUCCGUAAAGCCAAGGAGUACCAGCGCGAACACCAGGCCGAGGGAGCCAACCGCAAGCCGGACGAGAAUACCAAGAGCGGGCAAGCGGCCAAGUUUAUGCCCGGCGACGAGGAGUCGGGCGAGCUGGGCUACUGCACCGUCUGGGUCGGCACCACGCAAGAGCGCUCCUCGUCCGAGACCCCCCCGCCCUCCAAGGCUAUCACGGCGUCCACCUCGUGGCAGCUCACGGAGCCCGACGCAGGAAUCGCCAUCAUCUACCUGCCCUACCUCGCCAACCCCAAGGCCCCCGGCAUCAACCCCGGCACGACGGACUACCUGAGCACCUGGAACUUUGUCUACACGCCCGAACAGAUUGAAAAGGUGGCCGCGCUGGCGAGGGCCAACUACGCCGAGGGACGGGAGCAGAUUCGCGGGACGGUGCGGGCCGUCUACGAGCGCAAGAAGAAGCUCAGACUGGAGAGGGAGGCGGGGAUAAAGAAGGAUCGAUAUCGGUGCUUGGUGAGGCGGGGAAUGGCGCACAAGUUGGGCGAGGGUGACCAGUUCAGUUGA